AUGCACGCGCCGCAGCUUGCGUUCGCCGCGGCUGGACGCGUCGGAUGCGCAGCCAUUGAGCAUGCGCUCACCGUCGUGCGUGCCCUCGCCGCCGUGCGUGCCCUCGCCGUCGUACGUGCACUCGCCGUCGUGCGUGCCCUCGCCGUCGUGCGUGCACUCGCCGCCGUGCGUGCACUCGCCGCCGGACGUGACAGGCCUGCACUCGGCGGGCUUGCCUCCGGCGAGCCUGCACUCGUUGUGCGCACUCGUCGGGGUUGGGCAGAUUGGGGGCGCAUCCGGUGGCCGUCGUGCGUAUGCUGGUCGGGCUGGUGUCCGUCAGGCGGGUCGUGGCCGUCGAGCCCUCGCAGGUCGUACCUGAGCGCGUCGGGCUCUCGUCUGACGCGCCCGUACGGCGGGCUACUGCUCGACGUGCUUGCGCGCGUCGUCGUGGGCUCGUCGCGAUCGCUCGUCCGUGUGCGUCGAGCCGCGGUCGUCGGACGUGCUCGUCGAGCUCUUGCGAGUCGUACCUGUGCGCGGCGGGCUCUAGCCUGCUGCGCCCGUACGGCGGGCUGCUGCUCAGCGAGCUUGGGCGGGUCCUGGGCACGUCGCGAUCGUUCGGGGCGGGCGUUGCACACCGUACCUGAGCGCGUUGGGCGGGUCGUCGCUUGGGCUCGUUGCGAUGGCUCACGGGGGGCUCAGCCCGUGCGGCGGGCGUAUGCGCGUCGCGUCGGGCUCUCGCCUGAUGCGCCCGUACGGCGGGCUGCUGCUCCGCGUGCUUGCGCGCGUCGGGCGGGUCGGCAUGGGCUGGGGUUCGUCAAGCUCGUGCGCGUCGAGCCCACGCUCGUCGAGCCCCUGCCCGUAGCGGUGUGGCUGGGCUGGUGGGGCAGACAGCCGUCCGUGCUGCCGUCCCUGCUACUACCCCUUUCCUUCCCUUGCCGCUGCACUUCCCUCCCCGUGGGCGCCCGACGCGCGAUCUUCACAUGCACGUCCGAGCAGCGAAGAAGGGACGCGAUUGCGCAUCCCAUGGGCCACGUUCUGAGCCCGUCGCUUGACGACGGGCUCGUGUGGCGGGUGGUUGAGGGCCGGGUGGUCGUACGACGGCGCGAGGGCGGCGGCACAAUGGGGGUGGGCAGUGGUGGGUGGCGGCUCGCCGUCGCACUUCCCGCGUCGCCUCGAUCGCUGGGAGGCGGGGUUUCUCGGGUGCGGGGCCAUGGCAUGACGACGGGGCCGCGUUGGGCAUUGGUGAGGUCACGGGACAGACGCCAGAGGGGGCACGCGGUGGGCGAUGAACGGCGGGCGGUGGGGGCUGCGUACCUUGCUCGCGGCUCCAACCACCAUGCUCCCCUCCAUGCGCCCCUCCGAGGCUCCAGCGACGCACUUAGUGCAUCGCUGGAGCAUGUCGAUCGCCGGUUGACGGGCGACGUUCGAACGCGCGGCCGGCCGACCGACGACGACGCAUUUGCGCGUCGUGCUUGCCACGUCACGAGGCGGUCGCCAGUCGACGCGCUCGCGGGGCGUGUUGUAGAGGUGGGAGCGGCGGCUGCUGAGCGCGCGGGAGUGGCGGGCAAGAGUGCGGCGGCGCGGCGGUGGAGAGGGAGGGUAGGAGGAGGAGUGAACUUGGCAGAAGGCGACGCGCGUUCGGGGUUGAGCGCCCGCCCGGCAAGUGCCGACGCGCGCGCUCAGCGCCAGCGCGAUUAUUCCUCGACCUUUCGCCCACCUCUCGCGCGCCGUUUUUGCACGCGUUCUCUGCUUUCUUCGGGCGUUUGGUGCUUAAAAAAUUGCUGCUUCGAUUCCAGCCGGUACAGCAUGGCUAGUACUGCUAACCCGGUACCAUCAAACCCUAAGCCUACGGGUGAUCAGCCUACGGAUAAUCAGCCUACAAAUGUCCCAACUGACACGUCGUUUCGAGUACAACCUCGACAUAAGCGUGCCGUUCUGGACAAGUCGGGCCAGCCUUUGGCUGUCAACAUAGGUGAGGAUGACAUUUGGCAAGGAGCAUUCGACAACAAUGGAUCUCCGCUUGCUGCAGGGGCGUCGUUACCGGAGGAGGACGGGUCACCGGGUUUGAUAACAACCCAGCGGGCUGUUCCGCAGGCUGGAUCUGUUGGUCCACCACGAGUGUCCAAGCGUCCACGGACUUCGACACCGCCGCCCGACGCUUCAAUGGUGCCGCCCGACGCUUCGACGCUGCCGCCCGACGCAUUGACGCAGCCGCCUGGCCCUUCGACGCCACUGCCCGACCCUGCGCCAAGAGCAUCGAAGCGUACACGACGUGCAACACCUGAGUGGACUCCGACGCCUGCUCCCACGCCUGUUCCGACGCCUGCUCCCACGCCUGUUCCGACGCCUGUUCCGACGCCUGCUCCGACGCCUCAACUGGAACGUGCACCGUUUCCAGCAGCGGUGAUGCGGCGAGAGCGGUCUGUCACGCUCAUGUUGCACCAGCCGGAAGAAUUCAGUCGUGAAAGACUGAGAAAGAAGGGUCGUUUUAAUAAGAAUGCUGAGGCUCAUGCUCGAGACCAUACGGCGGGGAUGGCUGCUGCAGCUGAGUCUAACAAGGCUGGGUCGUCCCUAGCCGAUCUCGAAGCACGCCGCAAAGUCCAUGUCCACAAUGCGGUGCCUCAUGCGAUCUCAAGUCAGGCUUCGACUGUGCUCUCAUGGACUACUGAAGGGCCUACAACUGAAAAGUGUGAGGCUGUUCAGUGCCAUUGUUCGAGGAGAACGUUUGAUGCCAACGACGUCGUUGUUGUGCGUCCCCGCCCGGGAAUCAGGCGGAAAGAUGGGUCUGUCCCAGAGAAAAAGACCUUUACUCACUGGGAAUGCCUGACUAUGGGAGCACGCAAGCACUAUCAGAAGACUGAGGGUGGCGGAGUCGUUAUCGACAAGGAUCGACUCACACUUGACCGCAGCCUGACCGGUUGGCAGAUCACGAAGAUUGAGAAGAGCAUCCGGCUGAUGCGCGAGACGACUCGAGAGAAAGGACCGGCGCGGACUGAUGAAGAGAAACGGAAGGCACGCGCAGCAAAGAAGCAUAGGCGCAAGGUUGAGAAGGAGGCUCAGAAGAAGGUGAAGCGUGCAGAUCGUGCUGCUUUGAAGGCUGCAGAUAAGGGGAAGGACCACGAGAGAAUGCACAAGAUCAUGAGAAGGGAACAGCCUUCAGACAACAAAAAGACAGCACCGUGGCACCCGCAGACAUCGUGGCCACACUCUGACGGCAGCGCAGAACUCGCAGACGACGGCGCGCACCUUUCGUUCCACGACGGCGCGCACCUCGCAGACGACGGUGCAGGCCGCGCAGAUGACGGCGGGGGCUCACAGGCGACAGCGCCGGGCCACGCAGACGGCGACGCGAGCCACGAAGACGGCGGCGCAGGCCUCGCAGAAGGCGGCGCAGGCCUCGCAGACGGCGGCGCGGGGCUCGUGCGGGACGCGGGGAGGGCUGGACAGGCGAGAGGGAGGACUCGCUCCCCAGCCGUCGUCGCAGCGGACGGACAGCCGGGGCUUGUUCGCGUCCAGCGGAGGCUUGGCGCGGGCGCGCUUGGCGCGUUCGUGCGCGCUGGGUUCGUGCACGGCAGGGAGUCCGCGUGGAGCCCGUCCGCUCUGCGCUCAGCACGGGCGGGGGGUCUCACAGCGGCGGGCGGGGCGUGCGCGGCGCAUUCGCGCGGAUCGAGCGUGCCCCCCAGGGCUGGGGCUCGCGUUCUUGCGAUUCGCGUUCACCGGCCUGACGUUGGCGGGGGGAGCGAUCGUCAGGUGUGCGCUCCCCUGGCUGGUGUUCGUCGCGCCCUCGCCCUUCGCGGCGUAGCGGGGCUCGUGGGGCGGCGACGCACUUGUUGUGUCGCUAGAGCCGUUCGUGGCCACCCGACGCGCGAUCUUCGGACGCGCGGCUGGGAAACCGACGGGGACGCGAUAGGGCGUCCCGGGUGUAACGUCCGGAGCCGUCUCGUGACGACGGGCACGUGGGGAGGGCGGUUGAGGGCGCGCUGGGUGUACGAGGGCGGGAGGACGGAGGGGGGGGGGAUAAUGAGAGACGGCGGCGGCGACUCGCGCUCGCCGCCUCGCGUGGCCCCUCUUUUGCCGAUGCGCCCGGGUGUGCUCUUGCGCACGGCGUGGCGCGUCUUCGACAGGGUCCGGGGUGACGCGCGAGGUGACAGGAGGGCGAGGAGGGCUGGUGGAGAGGGCCGCGUUGUCGAGGUGGGACCUGUCGCGCGAGAGUGCGCGGGAGGUGCGAUGAAGAGGGUGAGGGUGGGAGGGACGGUGGGCAGCGGGGAUCGAGCUUGCGUGUCGCCACUGGCGCAGCCCGUGACGUGGGCAGGCGACGAACGGGCAGAAGGGGAGACAGACUGCGUGGGGAUGGGAGGGGUGAGGCCGGCGAGGUGGUGCGCUGGGUGGCGGCAGCCAGAGGUCGGCGGCGUGAACGCUCUGGCGCGUCGCGGCUGCCACGUCACUGCCCGUUUCGUGCAAACGGGUGCGUGCGGCGCGUUGCGCGCGUCGGGUGAGUCGUCAGGGGCUGCGAGGGAGACGAGGGCGUGGGCGGUGUCUGGCAAGAUCGGCGGCGGUGGGCAUGCAACGGAAGGGCGAGAGAGGCGGAGGGAUGGGUGUGGCGACGAAGUGGAGGUUGGCGGGCUGUGGCUGAGCCCGGUGGCUGGGUGGCUGAACGUGGCUGAGCUUGCGGGGCGGGGCUCGGGCUUACCCCCGCGAGCGUGUCCACAGGCCCGCUCGCCCGGUGUUUGCGUGUCCAUGCUCGUCGAGCUUUUGCUCGCCACACCUGGGAGCAUCGGGCUGUCGCUCGCUGCACCCGUGUGGUGGGCUGUUGCUCGGCGUCGCGCUGUUGUUGUGUGGCCGCCAUCGCCUCGUGGGGCGGGCAUCGGGCGCACGCGGGUGCACUGCGCUGCAUGUGUUCGACGGCGGGGCGAACUGCUGCGCGGCUCGUCGUACGCCGGGCGUGGGCUUGUGCUCGUCGCGUGUGCAGUCGGCGGGCUUGCUGUCGUUGCGUUAGCGCUCGAAGCGCGCUUGUGUUCGUCGAGCCCCUGCUUGUCGCGGUGUGCCUGGGCUGAUAAGGGCGGGUGGCUGCUCAUCGAGCCUGUCAGCGCGUCGUGUUCGCGACGGUCUUGUUACGUCACUGGAGCCCUUUGCGAACACUCGCCGCGCGGUCUUCGCACGCGCGUCUGGACGCUCCAGCGCCGCUCUUGGCGCGUCGCUGGAGCUUCGCUUGGUCGCGUGUCGCGCGAUCGUGAGGACUGCGGCAGGCCCCGGGCGUCGCUGGAGCCGUCCGUGGUCGCGCGCAACCUGGGCGCUGUUGCUCGGCGCGUCGCGCGGCCCGUCUUGACGAUGGGCUCGCGGGGUGUAUGCCUGACAUGCGGUGGACGGUGCGAGGCGGGGGUUCGGGGAGAAGAGGAGCGGCGGGGUAGGGAUGGUGGGGACAGGAGGGACAGCGGCGGCGUCUGGGCGCUGACGGGACCAGUCGCGCCGAUGCUGAGGGCGCGGGCGAUGUUGUGGGGCUUGAGGGGCGGCGUUGGUGCGACGGCAGGUUGGGGGUGGCCGCGUCCUGCGGCGGACCUCUCCUGCGCCAGUGCACAUCCUACAAGUCCAGCGACGGCCUUGGCGCGUUGCUGGAGUCGUCCCUGGCUGCCCGAGGCGCGAUCCCGAGGGUCGGCGCGGUCCGUCGACGCGGCUCUUGCGCGUCGCGAGUGCCACGUCACGGCCCGUUUCUUGCGAACGGGCCGGGUGCGAGCAAAGCGAGGGGGAGAGGGGAAGGCGAGGGGAGGACGAGGAGCUGGGCGGCCGAGCGUGUCGCGACGCGCGGCCCAUCACGUGCCAACGCGCACGCGCGUGCGCUCGGUGACUGCGCGGGCGAUCUUGUGGAGCGUCGAGGGCGGCGGGCGUGCGACGGAUACGCGAGAGGGUCGGCGGGCUGGGUGGCUGAGAGCGAGAGGUCGGCGGGCUGGAUGGCUGAACCCGGCGGGCUGGGUGGCUGCAGCCACAAGUCCGCGGGCUGGCGCUUGGACGCUCGCGCGUGUCACGACUUACCGCAUUCGCAAACCGGAGUUCGUCGAGGACAGCUGCAGUGAGGGAUGGGUAAUCCUUCUGCGGGACGUCCUUGUGGAAGUGGUACCAGUGCCACUCGUUCUUCUCGUCCUGCCGUGGGCGGAUCCCAAGGGGAGAGGGCAGUCCGUAGAUACUGGGUUCGAUUUGGCGAAGGUCCGAGGUAUCCACCUUGGCGAAACUAUCGACCUAUCGUCGAGCGGCGUUGUUCACCCUAAGCAAUUGGAUAGCGGAAUGACGUUCGAGGUCUUGAGAUGGGAUAGCUACACCAGAGGAAUGGUGGCAGAGGGCACGUUCGACCUAAUGUUACGCGACGGAUCCGUUGUGGCGUUCGAGAGGACGAGCCGUGCUGGCUUCCUCAAAGGCUCCUGGUCGGGGAAGUGGGCAAGCGAAGGAGAUAGGAUUCAAGAGUUAACCAGGUCGAACGUGAAGUUCGACCGCUACUGUACAACGAGUUUAAAUACAAGAGACAAUGCGAUCAACGCGGAGAGAUACAUCAUCAAGGGUGCACAGAACAUGCAAACAAUCAGGCUAGGAUUACCCGCAUUUAUGAAUGACUUAAAACUCACGUCCUCCAUUGGGACGGCUAUGUUCACCCUCUUUCAAGAAAAGUGCGCCAUUGGGGCACUCUCACACAGGCCGCCCGUUGAUUUAUGUGCCUUUGGUGCAUUUGUGCACGAGCUGCCCAUUGGUUUACUUCAUCCCAACUCGGACGCGCAAAGAGUGCGCCGAUGGUGCACUUGUGCGCAGAUCCCACUUGCAGUCGACUGUUCCACUCACUCGUUCAAAAAUGCGCCAUUGGUGCACUUAUGCACGAGAACGGCAACGCGCUCGAGCGGGGUGCCUGCGCGCCCAGGGUGUCCGCCUACCGUGUUCGGCUGGGUCAAUCAUCGAACGCGCGACAGAUCGCCACGCGUACCGCUGAUUGACCCAGCUCGCCCACUGGAAGGCUUCCACCCUUUUGUGAGCCCGCAGAUCGUCGAUCACCUAAGGUUUUCUGUGGGCAAAUGUGCGUCAUUGGCGCACGCGCGCGUGCUUGUCGGCUGCACACUGGCCGCCCACCGCGGCAUGCCCCGUUGGUGCACAUGGGCGAGCGCUGAGGCCAUGCGCUGGAGUGCGCCAAUGACGCACCCCGGCGCGGCCAAGUCAUGUGCAUUGGAGGGUUUCCCCGCAUCCUUUCUCAACCCAGAGGCUUUCGCUCACAUCCCUGAUAUGCUCAUUGGUGAAGCUCUUCAUGAUACCACUGAGCAGAAGCAAGCUGCCAAAGGCCCAAGAGGCAAACACAUGGCCUGUAUUAUAGGUCAUUGGCGCCAAUCAUCUCCUAAGAUCACCAAGACCAGGUGGCACAGAAACAAUGAACAGAAGGUUCAGGCUGUUUUGUGUGAUCCUUUGUUCAAACUUCUAAAUCAGUUCAUUGAAAGCACAGUAGAGGCUGUCUUUCCAGCUGUUUAUCAAAGGUUCAAAAAGUCUGCAGAGUGGCAUGCAUUGCACACUGGCUUAUCCCCACUCUUUGGUGGUUUCUGGGACUUCUGUCUCAAUGGAAGCUUUCCCAAUGAGCCCCGUGUUCAUUGCAUGCCUCAUACAGAUGCUAAGAAUCCUGUUGGGAUAUCCAAGUUCAAUUCAAAGCACCGCUCCUGGCUUGUGGUAUGGGAAGCUGGGAUUGUUGUUGAGCUGCCCCCCUGGACCCCUGUCAUAUAUCCUUCCUCCCUCUUUCUGCAUUUCAAUAUUGAUAUCCAUGAUCUCAAGUUUGUACACACUGAUGGUAGUGUGCCUACAAGGGAGAACUGUGAGACAAUGGAAGGAGAUGAAUGUGGUCGUGGAUCAAUGGUCUGGUUCAACAUGGCUACCAUGCUUCAAACAUUGGAGACAGGACAUAUGACAUUGAAGGAAGCAGCAAAGGCUGGAGCUACCACUACAUUUGACUACAACAAAGAGUACCCAAUGUUUAUGAGCAGUGAGAGUGGUUUCUGUACUCAGAGCUUAGGACAAAACCCCCAACGUUCCUCAUCAAGGUGUUUAGGGGCGACACAUGGCGGACACACGGCGUACAUGGUACAGUUGGUCAUCAUCAAUGACACAGAAGCAACUGACACAUACAAAGUCAUUCAACUGCAUGAGGUCACUGUCCUGAUGAUUCAUGUGAGCGCUGGCAGGCCACAGCAGCCAGCCAGCCUGACAGAGCCCAAAUAUGACAGGAAGAUCAAGCAAGAUCAAGGGAAAAUCAUUUUCUGA